AUGGGAUGUGUGAAUAGUACAGAUCAGCAUGCAAAGUUACGUUCAAAGCAUAUCGAUGAACAGUUAAAAGCUGAUGGAGAACGUGCCGCUCGAGAAGUGAAGCUCCUUCUUCUGGGAGCUGGUGAAUCCGGGAAGAGCACAAUUGUGAAACAGAUGAAAAUUAUCCAUGAGACUGGCUAUAGCGAUGAAGAGCGGAAGCAGUAUCGGCCAGUAGUCUUCAGUAAUACCAUACAGUCAAUGGUUGCUCUUCUUCGCGCUAUGGGUACAUUAAAAAUCGAAUUUAACUCACCAAGCCGAGUUGAAGAUGCCCAACAAUUCUUCAGCAUAAGUCAAACAUGUGAUGAGGGUGAGUUGCCACCUGAUCUAGCAAGUGUUAUGAAGCGCCUCUGGGCAGAUCCUGGAAUUCAGGAAUGUUUUAUGAGAUCACGCGAAUUCCAACUAAAUGACUCAGCCCCGUACUACUUGAAUUCAUUGGAACGGAUUGCACAACCAAAUUACAUCCCUACUCAGGACGACGUACUACGAACUCGAGUAAAAACCACUGGCAUCGUUGAGACACAUUUCACGUACAAGGAUUUACACUUCAAGAUGUUUGAUGUUGGCGGACAACGUAGUGAACGAAAGAAAUGGAUUCAUUGUUUCGAAGGGGUUACUGCUAUUAUUUUCUGCGUUGCAAUGAGCGAAUACGACAUGGUUCUAGCAGAAGACGACGAAAUGAAUCGCAUGAUCGAAUCUAUGAAACUUUUUGACUCAAUCUGCAAUAACAAAUGGUUCACGGAAACGUCCAUAAUUUUGUUUUUAAACAAAAAAGAUCUGUUCGAAGAAAAAAUCAAGCGUUCUCCAUUGACACGUUGUUUCCCCGAGUAUACCGGAGCCAACACUUACGAAGAAGCGGCCGCGUAUAUGCAGUUACAGUUUGAAAAUAUGAAUAAGCGACGGGAUGGCCAAAAGGAAAUCUAUACGCAUUUCACUUGUGCAACCGACACAAACAACAUCCGCUUCGUGUUUGAUGCUGUGACCGACAUCAUCAUUCGAAAGGAGGGAGUUUGUGUGAAGAACCUGAAGAGGACGCAGUUCCUUUCAAUUGAAGGUCUUCCAAGAGUAGAUCUUGCAGGAAUGAAAAUAUGCAUCCGCCAGAAGGACAUCGUCAAUGUCACUCAGGAAACUUGCAAAUGUGAUGCAUGUUGA